AUGCCUACAAAAUUUGAGCAUCUAUCUGUCGAAUUACUUUACGAAAUAUUUAUUUAUUUCCAAUAUGAUGAAAUAUUCAAUAUAUUUUGUAAUCUUAAUUCACGAUUUGCUACUAUCAUUGAUAAUCUAUCAACAAUACCCAUUUAUUUGGGUUUCGAUAGAAUGACUAUUGGAUUGACACAAUUCUAUUAUAAAUAUUUAUCAAAAUCAAACAUCUCUAAUCGUCUUAUAUCAUUAUUUGUCUCAGAUACAUUAUCAAUGGAUAAUGGUUUAUGGUUAUCAUCAAACUUAUCUAGAUUUAUCAAUCUUCGUAAUUUAUGUUUAAUUGACAUAAAACGUUGUUCAUUUGAAUUAAUUCUCUGA